UGGCAAUCUAAAAGACAAAAGCUGGAAAAAAUGGAAGGGCAAAUCUGUACUAAAAUAAACAGCAGACUACAAGAAGAAUCCAAAAAAAGUAGAUACUGGAUCCCAAGUUGUGCUGGGGGGAAAGUAUUUGAAGUUGCACACCUAUCAGUGCUAGGUGACAAGUAUGUUGUCAACCUAGACACCCAAGAUUGCAGCUGUAGGAAGUGGAUGAUAACUGGCAUCCCGUGCUGCCAUGCACUUGCUGCCAUCAGGUUCUUGAACUUGAAUGCAGCAGAUUAUAUCCCCCUAUGUUUCAGGAAAUCAACUUUUGAAGAGAUGUACAACUCCAUUAUCUACCCUAUCAAUGGACAAAACAUGUGGCCCACCACUGAUUUUCCAAAUGUCAUGCCUCCACAUAAAAGGAUUAUGCCUGGGCGACCCAAGAAAAAGAGAAGGCUGGAACAAUGGGAGUUGAGGAAAGAUGAUACCCAAUUACGAAAAGGUGGCCAUAGAAAAAGAUGCAGAGUUUGUCGUGAACUGGGGCACAAUAGAACAAAUUGCCCACAACUGCCUACACAAGAACAGUCCUCACAGCCAAGUGAUGCUCCUCCACAACCAACCCAGCCAUCUCAAGAGCCAAUUUCUGCUACUCAACAACCAACCCAGCCAUCUCAGGAGACAAUUUAUGCUACUACAUAACCAAACCAGCCAUCACAGGACCCAACUUCUGCUCCUCCACAACCAACCCUGCCACUCUGAUUCACUUCUUUAAUGUAUAUGUAAUCUGGUCUUUAAGUUUUAAUUUUGAUGGCUGUUAUUUUGUAAAAUUCAUUAGCCAUUUUUGGAUAAUUUGGAUCACAUACAUUUUCAUUUUGUAAGUUGGUAAAUUCAGGAUUAUGGUGGACAACA